UGUCUGCACCAGAUCUUGUAACCCAUAGCAACCAGUUUGUUUUAAUAGGCUCAAACUUUGGUUUUAACCUAUAUCCCACAUGUAGGACUUGACUGAUAUUCCUUCUGCCAGCUGGGGCUCUGUUAUCCUAUACUUUACAUAACAUAGGGCUGCUGUACACGGAAAAGCAAACUGUUGCAAAAUGGAAAACAUUACUAGCUAGUUAGUACUACCAGAAAGGUGAGUUUUGGUCAGAUUUGAGGUGAACACUGGUUUCCAUCUCUUUAAUAGCUGAAGGCACAGAAUGAAAAUAACGCCCAUUUAAUAUUCAUAACCAAAAAAAUAAACUCAGAGUCUCUGGCUGCGGACUAUGGCCAGAUCGAGGCUUGAAACGCAAAUGGCCCUUCCGCGUUUCCGUAGCAGCCAGGUUCCUCUGGAGGCGCUUGUUUAGUCAUUUCGCAGGCGGCAAAACGAUCAAACCCGAAUCUAGAAGCGCAGUGUCGGUAUUUGGCACCAUGUCCAGCCGGAGAUCGGCCGCUACCUCCGAGCCAGAGGAUCCCGAUGGGAAUAUGAACGCAGGCGAUUAUGCGUCCACCGACGGGGACGAUCUAAGUCGCAGGCAGAUAAGGCAGCAGUACUGGGACCUUAUACGGAACGUACAGCAGAACCGGGAGGAAAUGCUGAGUUCUCGGACUGAUAAACUGACAGAAGCGCUGGAGGAGGCCAAUAAAAUCUUUGCAGGAGUGUCCCGUGCCAGAGAAGCAGCGCUUGAUGCCCAGUUACUGGUUCUGGCUUCUAGCCUUGGGAAGGAGAAAGCCAGUCAGCUUCAUACCGAUAUGACUGUGUUUGACCCAACGUCAUUUGCAGAGGAUCUGCUCUCAUUCAUGGGCUUAAAUCGCAUGGAAUCUCCAGGAAACAAUUCUGAAAAUGACAGCGAUGACGAGGGUUAUGCCAGGGGGUACCUGCCCGCUGAUGCUUGGCAGAAACUUGGGUCAGAAGCAGAAAAACACUUCAAGAGAACACCGACCUUUCAUUAUAUGUUGGGUUCAUUUAAGACUGAACCAGUUGUCCGACAACGUAUUGAACGGCAGAAAAGGUGUAAUAAACCUGAGGAGAAGAGCGUUAUGCCAGCACAGCUGAAGAAAAUGGAGGAAUCCCACCAAGAAGCCACAGAGAAAGAGGUGGAACGGAUUCUGGGUUUCUUACAGACAUACUUCAGAGAUGACCCGGAAACACCUAUUUCUUUCUUUGAUUUUGUCAUUGAUCCAAACUCAUUUGCAAGAACAGUAGAGAACAUCUUCCACGUCUCCUUUAUUAUAAGGGAUGGCUUUGCCAGGAUAAAGCUCGACCAUGACAAACUGCCAGUUAUAGAACCCAUAGCGCAGGAAAACGAAAGUAAUAUCGACAAGGAUAACCAGCCGAGGUAUCAGGGAGUCAUAUCCCUCAGCCACCAAGACUGGAAGGAAAUUGUAGAGACGUUUGAAAUAACUGAACCGAUGAUCCCUCCGCCAGUUUAACCUUAAGAUGUUCCCACGACGUUUUUAUAUUUUCCUUUUUACCUUGAAUAUUUGGGCUAAAUGUUUUAUAUCUGUAAAUGUUUGUACAUACCUAGAAAUACUACUUUGUAAAUUCAGUUAAAACCACGGUGGCCUUUAUCUAACACAGCGAUUUUUUUUGUACAUGUUGUAUUUUGCCAUAAUGAGUACUGGGAACUGUCAUCCACAAGAGCAGCCUAUUAACUGCUAUAAUAUGUGGUAACUGGAUAAUUGGGCGGGGUCUCUAAUCGCUUGCUGACCCCAGGAAGGCACUCCUUGGAGUUAAUAUGAAUGCAUUUUGUUACAACAGCGCCACCUGCUGGUCACUUUCUAAAGAUGUGCUUAGAAUAGCAUCUCUCAUCACUUACAUCAACGCAGCCCUCUUGGACCCAGGGUACCUUCUUGCAGUACAUAAAUCUUCCGUAAAAUGCUUGCAUGUAAGUCUGAACUUGCACAGGGGACACCCUGGGGCAAGAUGGUGGCAGCCCACUCUGCAAGAAAGUACUCAAGGCUGGUGUGCUUUUUAAAGGAUAAG